AUGCCUCACGUCGACAUUUUGUUCAACCAGUUGCAGAAGAGAAAAACCGAGCCAGCGCAAGUUAAAACGGCUAUCGAUAAUUUUGAAAAAUGUAUUGUCGAUGUGAGAAAUAAAAUUGAUGACAUAAUAAAUGAAGCCAAAAGUAUUUGCACUGAACCCCAAGGCAACAAAAGGAGACGACGUAAUAAUAGCAGUCACGAUCACCGAGUUGCUGCAUUAGAAGUAUGCGACAAUAUAGUGGAUUCUGCAAAUGACAGAUUUCAAUUCAAAGAUCAUUUGGUAGCCGCAUCCCCUUUUUCCCCGAACACUUUGAAGAAUACUGUGGUAAGUUUCCUGUUGACAACUACCUGCUUGGCUUAUCCCGAAUUAGAAAAAAGUCGUUUAAAGACAGAGUUAUCUGUUAUUUAUGCACGGAAUGAUUGCCGAGAUUUACAUGGAACUCUGUCUCUUUUGAAAUUUUUGAUACAAAAUAGUUUGGGGGAAACACUAAAAGAAACAAAAAAGCUAUUAGUAAUUAUUGUUACAACUCUAGUAGAUGUCUUAUGGGGAUUCGAUCUCAGUAGUUCCAAAAUCCGCCACCAGAGGCGCUGGCGUCGCGCGCCAUUGACAGGUUGUUGGACGGAAUCUGUAAUCGAAAUUCAUGAGUUGGGGAUUCCGCCGCUAGAUGGCGCUGUCAAACCAAACGGAAUCUGUGUGUCAUUGGACACCUGUCAUGCGUCAUUGGGCAUCUCACGCAUAGAUGGCGUUAAAACGUCAUCUGUCAUACGUCAUUGGACACCUGUCAUUGAUGGGUUGGGCAUCUCGCGCAUAGAUGGCGCCGAUUUGUUUGGCGCUGUACAAACCAAACGGAAUCUAUGUGUCAUUGGACAGCUGCCAUUGAUGGGUUGGGCAUCUCGCGCAUAG